GUGCUUGGAUUGGGACUCAUUCUAGCCAAAACUGGUUGCCUGUUCAUGGCGUGGUGUAACAAGACUAACUGCAUAGCAAUACCAAUGUCAUAGCAAUCAUCAAAAUAAAGAUCCCAGAUAUUCACGGAUCAAUAAAUUGGCAUGUACCAUGACUUGAGCUUUACGCCAUGGUUGUACAAAUAAUAGGUCCAGAGUUGAGUUCCACUCUCUGCUUUUACCACUUUUAUCUGCUAAAAACGGUUCAUUUGUUUUUCAGAAAUUUGUUGAUUGAACAUGACCUCGGAUUGUUCAAGUAGUACAAACAGUUUAUCAAAUGUUGUUUGACCUUUACCCCUCAUGGAUUUUUAUUUACUUCUUACAAAUGUUGUUGUUCUUUGUGUUGUUUAUCUGCUAGACGAGAAAACAGUGGUUGAAAGUCACAAGUCCAUCAGUUAAUGAUUCUGAUGCUGAAACUCCACAUUCAAACAAAAAGUGGUUGAUAACUGGCGAGGACGACAUUCUCAUAUUACAUGUGAUCCCCAAAGCUUCAGUGACUGUUUGCUGAUUGUUGGUUACAACAGUGCAUUGUGUGGAAGGUCGGCCAACAAGGGCCACUACAGAACUGACUUUGAGUUGCUUACAAGUAUUCUCGACGAAAUCAUCAAUAUUCAAGGUCGCAGGAUGACUGCAAAGGACCAGGGCCUGAAAACAAUAGAAAGCAUUGACAUGAGGACGUCUGAGGUUAAAGGGUCAAAUGUCAAAGGUGACUCCAAGGUGGAGACUGAAGUGAGGCUAACUGCUGAAACAGCAAAGACACAUGAGCAGAUCAUACCACCGUUCUGUCGUAUCUGUUUUGAUGAGAGCUACAGCCCCCAAGAAGCACCUGUACUGGACCCCUCAUCUAAACCCGCUGGCCCCUCUACUACGCCUACUCCACCCUCAGGCAACCCACUCCUGAGCCCCUGCCUGUGCUCGGGUACAACUGGUGCUGUUCAUCUGGUAUGCCUUCUGAGGUGGCAGGCCGUCUCUAAGUCAGAUAGCUGUGAACUCUGUCAUGCAGAAUACAAGAUUCCGAAGGAGCGUUGCACGAAACAGAAUUUUGUCCAAUCUGACACCGAGUCUCUUCCUGUCAACCCUCGUCCUCAAAUAGCACUCAGAUGGCUCUCAAAAAGGUUGUUUUUGCUGCUGAUGCUUCUCUUUCUUCAAAUUAUACCCGUUGUUUUCGUUGUCUUGAUUAUGACAGUCAAUGUGGAGGGACAACUUCAGACGACUCCCAGCAGUGAGCUGGCGAACACCAGCUUGGGAAGGUUUGGUCGAGCUAUUCUAUCGGUUUCAGUUUGCUUGUUGUACAUACCACUCCUCUACGUUUGCCUCCUCAAAACUAGACAAUUCAUGAAAACUUCCACAAGUCAAAACCGCAGGCGAACCAGGAGAAGUUCCAGUGACUUUAACAUGUGGCAAAGACAACACGAAUAUAGAUACCACUUUGUAGAAGCUGGAAUAUUUUAAGUUUUGAAAGGUCAGUGUGUAAAUGGAGAAAGCAAUGGACCAAGCAUGGACCUUCCAGGUCUGUAAAUUGUAUGCUUAAAAUGUGAAUGGGCACGUACACCAAGUCAUUUUCUCCUUCGUAAAGGGCACCCUAUGAGGAAAUUGUUAAUUCCUACAUGUACUAUUGUACUAUUGUACUAUUCAGAGCAAAAUUAACGCCAGUGGACAUUUUCGGUAAGCAGUGUUGUCCAAGGCCCACACUUUGUGUAUCACAACUUAUGUAUAAAAUAACAAACCUGUGAA